AUGACACCAGUGUUAUUGGCGGCAGAGCACGGAUACCGAGAUAUAACUGAACUGCUGGAGAGUAAAGGAGCUGAUCUGUCAGUAGUGGAUGAUAGCGGUGAGAACAUUCUACAUAAGCUCAGUGUGAGUGGACAAGUGGAUUUAGUGAAUCAUGUCUUGACACAGAAGAGCGUUGAGCCGAACAUCAAUAGAAAAUCUACGAGAGGCAGGACACCAGUGAUGACUGCAGCACGUUGUGGUAACAAGAAAGUGUUUGAUGUACUUGUGAAGAACGGUGCUGAUCUGACGCUUGUAGAUGCCGAGGGCAACUCCAUCCUCCAUUUGGCCUGUGAAGGCGCCGUGGACAUUGUGAAGUACCUCCUGUCCAAUAACAUUGUAAACAUCAACGCUAGAGGACAUUUGAACAGGACACCAGUCCUGAUCGCAGCAGUACGUGGAAACAGAGGAACGUUUGAGCUACUUAUGAAGCAGGGAGCCGAUAUGCUUCUUGUAGAUGAUGAUGGCAACAAUAUCCUUCAUUUGGCUGUUAGGGGAGAACAUGUUGAUCUUGUUAAACAUAUCCUUGAAAAUAGGAUAGUAGAUAUUACCGCACAAAAUAAUCAUGGAUUGAAUGCAAUGGAGAUAGCAAAGGAAAACAGUCCUAAAUCCGUGUAUACUUUUCUGUUGUCUCAAGGUUUUGGCUUGAAGUAA